GGACCGCCUCUCAAAGAGAAAGAGUGCACUCUCAAAUAUGCGCCAAAUCAUCCCACUAGCCUAGCUACUACGGGAUAUUUUCUGGCCUUUCCCAUGUACAUUUAGUCGAAUUCCUCGAGCUGCCACAUCUCCACCACUGCAACAAUUAGCAAGGCAUAAAAUUGUAUGCUACUUUUUCAACAUGGCACAAUCAAAGCCAACUGGCGAUGAGCAAGCGGAAUUUGAAGCGCGGUAUGUUUCGGCGAAUAUCAGACCCGGGGCACCUGGUUUUUCAUCGGAAUUGGUGACGUCGCUAAGGAAGCGUCUGCUCUCAUUUGGAGAGGACGAAUGGAAGUAUUACAGCUAUGCUGUCUUGGCCGCGGUCUUUGUCGGCACGCAUAGAGGAGACUGUGCGUCCAAGCUUUUUGAAGAAGCAAUUGAAGGUACGACAGAUAUUGAAGAAAUCAAGGCGAUAUUCUACAAAAUAAGAGAAUGUAUCACGGUUAUCUGGCCAUUCGUUGGCAUUCCAUGGACAGUACCUGCGGGCCUGGGCAUUGUAAAUGUCCUCCAGCGAAGAAAUAUUGAAUUUAUUGGGGCUCAGAAAGUGCGGGGCGACUUGGAUGCGGGGGUACAUCUAGAAGAAGGAAAAGCCAUGAUUGCUAGGACAUACGAAAAGGUCAACAAUCCUGAAGUGCGGGAACUGCUUUCGAUCGGGUUUCCUGAGAUGAGGCUGGCUACAAACACAGUGGUAUGGGGCUACAGCGUUGCAGGCGCAAAUAAAUCGGGUGUGCUCGCCGAACAUCAAACGCAGCUAUUAAUUGCAACAGCUAUUACUGCGAGUGGCUCCACCAGACAAGCAAGAAGCCAUCUUAAAGCUAGCCUUGCAAUGGGAAACGGAGAGGGUGUUGUGACCGAGGUGGCCAAAAUCUGUACUGAGGUUGCGGAGUGGGCAGGCAAUCCACUUCCUCACCCUCUAGACGUUGGUGCUCUAUCAAAUCAACUGAAGGCUUAACUAGUUAGUGGAACGAAACAAGCCUUAGUCUCAUUAGACUUUAGUACUAUUGUAAGGGCAAUGACCGCUCGCGCUUGGACGAUCAGGGUUAGGUCUUUUCAUUCAAUGCUGUUUGCACCUUUGCAGUCUUAUCUAGAAUCUGU